CCUGGCUGAGGUGAACAUGAGGCAAUUGAACACAAUGUUCCUUGUUAUAUUGGUCAUUUCAUGGAUUCCCAGGGACAUCCAAGGGCAAACCGAUGGAGACGUUCGAAUUCGAGAUGGAGACACACAGUACCAAGGCCGCGUGGAGAUCUACCAUAACGGGGAGUGGCGGAGGGUGUGUGAGGAGGGGUGGGGAAUUAACGACGCCAAAGUUGUUUGCGGGCAAUUAGGCUUCGAAGACGCCCACGCUGGGCAUGUCAACCAUAAUCCGAGAGGAACAGGGGCAUUUUGGCUGUCCGAUGUGAACUGCGCCGGCACGGAAGACGCUUUGAACAACUGCACGUCCGGAGGUUGGGGCAACAUCAACUCUGCAUGUGGUAUCAAUGACUACGACGAUGCUUGGGUCAUCUGUAAAGCACCGGGCGAUGGGGACUUGCGUCUAGUUAACACGUCAAAUGCAUACGAAGGUAGCUUGGAAAUACAAUAUGGUGGAAGAUGGGGGAGGGUUUGUGGCUACGGGUGGGAUCUUACAAGUGCCAACGUAGCGUGCAAGCAGCUUGGUUUUACCGGAGCCCAUACACCGAUAUCAAAUAUGUCAACGCGGGGGUCAGGGCGAUACUGGAUUCAGAAUUUGAAUUGCCAGGGAUCCGAGGCGUCCCUGUCAGAUUGCUACCAUGACGGCGUUGGAGAAAUAAACCCACAGUAUUGUGACGAGACCUCAUUACAUGACGCCGGCGUUCUGUGUAAAGGGCCCAAUGACGGAGAUGUCAGAUUGGUCGGUCCCUCCCAAUAUAUGGGUCGAGUUGAGAUAUUCUACGCAGGAAACUGGGGGAGAGUGUGUACUAACGGGUGGUCGCUGAGUGACGCCGUAGUGACCUGCAGACAGCUUGGUUUUAGUGGGAUAGUCGGAUCCCUCACAAGUUGGACACCGAGGGGGACUUCGAGGGUGCUUUUAGACCAAUUUAACUGCGCCGGUACAGAGAAUCGGUUGGAUGCCUGUUCUCAUGGGUGGAUAGGGUACCCAAGCACUGCGUACUGCUCAGCAACAUCCAAUGUGGAUGCCUCUGUCCUCUGUAAAGCGCCUGACGAUGGUCAACUUCGUCUGGUGGACGGUAACGGCUACAACAGCGGCCGUGUGGAGAUCAAGUUUGCCGGAGUAUGGAGGCGUGUUUGUCACAAUGGAUGGGGAAGCGACGACGCCGAGGUUGUUUGUCGUCAGUUGGGGUAUGGCGGAUAUAUUAGAGCAGCGAGAGAUUGGUCUCCUAAGGGGAAUGGGUCAUUUUGGCUGUCCAAUGUCCGCUGUCUGGGAUCAGAGACCGCCAUUACGAACUGCGCAAACGGAGGAAUAGGGUCACAUUCCACAGAUAAUUGUGACUUAUACGAUUAUGAUGACGCUGGCGUCUAUUGUCAGGGAUAUUCACGUUUUUACCCUUCAGCUUCAACCGCGUCACCCACAGGAGCAAGUGGACCCAGAUGUGCAUCUUGCUCCAACACUUUGGCCUGCAGAGAACCACAAAACACUUUGCAAUUGCACACCUCUUUCAUCACAUGUGAUGGUGGAUCUGUAUGCCACACUACAGCUAAGGCGUACAGCUUUUAUAGUCCCUUCUACAGUUCCUACAUCACUGCCUACAGUUACAGCCGCGGGUGCAUAGGAAAGUCACUAUGUACCAGCCAGGAGCUGCAGGGAAAUACUUGCACGGGAAGCGGCAACGGUAAAGCCUGCAAGCAUUGCUGUAGUACCAAUUACUGUAAUAGUGGAGUCUUGGACACGUCUCAAGCCAGUGUCAACAACAACAACAACAAUAGAGGGAAUGACCACCGGAGUGCUUGGUUUAACGUCAUCUGCGUACUUUUGUUAUUUGUCUUUGCCAGAAAUUAAAGGCACAGGUAUUAAGAGAUAGAUAGAUAGAUAUAAAGAUUGACAGAUUGAUAUACCUGAUAUUUAAUAUGGCAUAUUUUGAUUUCAAAGGUAUGCCUACAUAAAAUGCGUUCUUAAAAAAUAAGAUCUCAUAUAAGAUUUGAGAAUGGAGAAGUUCGUAGUCAGUUGUGUCAUCAAGAUUUUCUAGUCAUUCGUGUUCCAAACAUUAUCUUAAAGAGACAUGUGUAAACCAGAUUUGUUUGUAUAUAUUUUUUUCUUAAAAACCCGAUAUUCCACCCAAAAAUAAAAAAAGAAAAAGAAACUAUAUCUUAUAAAGCAGAAGGAGAUCGAACAGGAUGCCAAUCACGAACUUCACUUGCUGAGAUGUGAGAAAUAAUAGCAAAAUGCAACACACGAUAUAUGAAAAACAUGCAAAUG